AUGUGGCUGUGGAGUAUGUUUACACUAUUCUUAUCGUUGUUGACGCUCGAUAAGUGCGAUGGAAUUUCAAGUUCUAUUUCACCAUUUAUCAACUACAAAUAUUCAACUGUACUUCAAGACAAUGUAGCUGAUCUCUGGUGGACAGUGGAUGAUGCUGAACGAGAGAUCACAUUCGAGCUACAUGUCAAGACUAUGGGCUGGAUCUCUUUAGGCAUCAGUCCAGCUGGCGGCAUGAAAGGCGCUGAUAUCGGUGUUGGCUGGGUUGACAGUAAUGGCAAUGUUCAUUUUCAAGAUCGGUAUGCUAGUGACUUUGCUAAACCUGUCAUCGACAAUACAACCACUGACUGGUAUGCUAUUCGCGGUCGUGAGCAGAACGGAUGGACAGCGAUUCAGUUCAAACGUUUGCUUGACACGUGUGACUCGAUGGACUAUCCUAUCAAGUCUGGAACCAAUGUCGUCAUUUUUGCAUAUGGCCUUGUCGAUCUGGAUCCUUUUCGACCAGACAGUGAUAUUUCCUAUCAUGAUAAUCGGCGAGGUUCACGCAUCAUUCCACUUCGAUCCUACGGUCAACCACCACCCGAAGACAAAUUUGCUGGACUUGACUUCUUCGACUUUCGUCUGAAUAAUUAUUUUGUCCCAUCGAACGAUACGACCUAUCACUGCCAAGUAUACAAAGCACCAGCCAAUUAUAAAAUGAAACGGCAUGCAAUCGCACAUAAGAUAUUGGUCGAUUCAGGCAAUCAAGAUCUCGUACAUCAUUUGCUCUUGCACGAAUGUAAUCCUUCGGCUGUUUUCGAUGAUAAAAAUUUGCCCAGUGGUGUAUGUGAUGAAAUUGUGAUUCAAAUUGAAUCGUGCUACACAAACUUUGUCACUGUAUGGGCAGUUGGUGGUGACUAUGUGGUCGAGUAUACUGAGGAGGCCGGAUAUCCAGUUGGUGGGGAUUCUUCCACUAAAUACUACAUGAUUCAAAUGCACUAUGAGAAUCCGAGACAGCUUUCAAAUCGUCGUGAUAGUUCAGGCAUUAGAUUUUAUCUUAGCAAGCAACUACGUCAGCACGAUCUGGGCUAUCUCACUUUUGGUACAAUUUCAAAUUUUCUCGGUCUUGCUAUUCCACCAUUAGUGGAGCAAUUUGUGGUCGAUUCGUAUUGUCCAGCCAAAGUUACGCAUAAUUUUCCUCAAUCUGGCAUCACAGUUUUGUCCGCCAUGCCACAUACUCAUUUGCAAGGUCGUAGUAUGUGGACAAAACUAAUUCGAAACAAAACAGCAGUUCAAUAUUUGUUCAAUGCUGAGUCGUACGAUUUCAACUAUCAAUAUGUGAAUCGUUUAGCAAAGCCAAUCAAACUUUAUCCAGGAGAUGAGUUCGCCACUCGAUGUGUAUACAAUACAAUGAACAAGGACACGAUCACGCUGGGUGGUGAACGAACAAAAGAUGAAAUGUGUCUUCACUUUUUCACGUACUAUCCUCGAAUCGACAAUUUUUCUGCAUGUUUUACAAUGAAUACUAUAGAAUGGUGGCAAAAAAUGAUGAAUUCUACAUCCGAAUUCGAUUACCAACAAACCAAACAAUGGUUGCUCGAUCUCAAAUGGACGGCAGAAUUGGCGGCGCAGUGGCAAAGAUCCUACGAUGAUGCGCCACUUCAUUCUGUGUUUGCUAGAAACGGUCAAUUUGAGGAUGAAAAUCUGGGUCAACCAUCGAAGUAUGAAGAUUUGAAAUCAGCUGAAUGUAUUAAAUAA